AUGCGGUCUUCCAUGUCGCGACAUAUGUCCUCCACCAAGGGGGGCUUCAGCUCCUGCUCCGCCAGCGGAGGGGCCGGGGCUCGGGCCCGCACCAGCUUUAGCUCCAUGACCGUGUCCCGGAGUAGCAGUGGUGGCGUUGGCAGUGGGGUGUCCCGCUGUGGCCCCAACAGGGGCAGUUUUGGCAGCCGGAGCCUUUACAAUUUGGGGGGCAGCAAAGGCAUCUCAGUCAGCGUGGCUGGGGGUGCCUGCUCAGGCCGGACCCUGGGAGGUUUUGGCCUUAGCGGUGGGAUCUAUGGGGGCCUGGGGGCCAGCCGGCAGACGUUUGGGCCUGCCUGUCCUCCCGGGGGGAUCCAGGAGGUCACGGUCAACCAGAGCCUGCUGACCCCCCUGCAUGUGGAAAUUGACCCCGAGAUCCAGCGGGUACGCACCCAGGAGAAGGAGCAGAUCAAGUGUCUCAACAACAAGUUCGCCUCCUUCAUUGACAAGGUGCGCUUCCUGGAGCAGCAGAAUAAGGUGUUGGAGACCAAGUGGGCACUGCUGCAAGAGCAGGGCCAGAACUCAGGCGUCGGCAAGAACAGCCUGGAGCCUGUCUUCGAGGCCUACGUGUGCAACCUGCGCAGGCAGCUGGACACCCUCCAGGGAGAGCGAGGCCGUCUGGAUUCAGAGCUGAGGAAUGUACAGGACCUAGUGGAAGACUUCAAGAACAAGUACGAGGAUGAGAUCAACAAGCGCACGGCUGCGGAGAACGAGUUUGUCGUGCUCAAGAAGGAUGUGGAUGCUGCCUACAUGGGGCAGAUGGAUCUGCACGGCCAAGUGAGCACCUUGACCCAGGAGAUAGACUUCCUGCGGCACCUCUAUGACAUGGAGCUGUCCCAGGUGCAGACCCAUGUCUCCGACACGUCCGUGGUGCUGUCCAUGGACAACAACCGGCACCUGGACCUGGACAGCAUCAUUGCCGAGGUCAAGGCCCAGUAUGAGCUGAUCGCCCAGAGGAGCCGUGCUGAGGCUGAGGCCUGGUACCAGACCAAGUACGAGGAGCUGCAGGUGACUGCUGGCAAGCAUGGGGACAGCCUGAGGGACACCAAGAAUGAGAUUGCUGAGCUCACGCGCACCAUCCAGAGGCUGCAGAGUGAGGCGGACGCAGCCAAGAAACAGUGCCAGCAGCUGCAGACGGCCAUUGCGGAGGCCGAGCAGCGCGGGGAGCUGGCCCUCAAGGACGCACAGAAGAAGCUGGGAGAUCUGGACGUGGCCCUGCACCAGGCCAAGGAGGACUUGGCCCGGCUGCUGCGUGACUACCAGGCCCUCUUGAAUGUGAAGCUGGCCCUGGAUGUGGAGAUCGCCACCUACCGCAAGUUGCUGGAGAGCGAGGAGAGCAGGAUGUCUGGAGAAUGUCCCAGUGCAGUCAGCAUUUCUGUGACUGGCACCUCUACCACCGCAUGCGGUGGCGGCAGCAGUGGCGCAGCUGGCUUUGGAGGCGGCUUCUCCCUGGGUGGUGGUUGUGGGGGUGGCGGGGCCAACAAGGGUGGCUUCAGCACUGUCAAGGGGGGACCUGCUUCGGGGGGCUCCUCCAUCCUGCGCAGGACCACCACGGUGAAAACAUCCAGCCGGAGGUAUUAG